AUGGCCAUCCGACACUCACCCAACAAGCGACUCACACUAAGCGAAAUCUAUGCGUUCCUUCAGCAACAGUUUCCGUUCUUCCGCAGCUCCUACCAGGGCUGGAAGAAUUCCGUGCGCCACAAUCUCAGUUUGAAUGAAUGCUUUGUGAAGUUACCCAAGGGGUUAGGAAGGCCCGGGAAGGGGCAUUACUGGACGAUUGACCCAUCGUCUGAAUUCAUGUUUGAGGAAGGGUCGUUUAGGCGGCGUCCGCGUGGGUUUCGUCGCAAGUGCCAGGCGUUGAAGCCACAGUUUGGGAGCGGGAGCUACUUGUGUGGAGGUGGAGUGGCCGCGUUACCGCCAUCUCAACCAACGGGAUAUGAACUGGCGGGUGGUAGUGGCACAAACCCCAGCGGCUCGACGUCCAUAGACUAUGGAGCAUGCGCAUACGCACACUCAGGCUCUGGCGGUCAACAACUGGCUUAUGGAGGCGAGUACUGUUCAUACGGUGGAAUGGGCGAGCGCGAAUGGCCUCUUGCAUACAGCUCUGUGGAGCCAGCUUACCGGCCUCCCCCUCCUUCGCCACCCUCGCGCCAUGAUCUGCCCGACAUCAUUCCCAACUACCAAUAUGCCGUCGCCAACGAUCACGGUAAGUCUUUGAUUGUCAUACUUAUCAUUAUAUUAUCAAUAGACAUUUUAACUGUCGGAAGUGAUAGUUUAUAA